AUGCAGACUUGGGCUGCUGAUAUCAUUGUCCUGACGGAAACCAAAACCGACAACCGCACCGGAUGGAUGAAGGACGCCAUACGCAAAGAACCGCAGGGAUACAGGCUCUACUGCAGCUCGAAACCACGUAGCUCUGGCAAGGAUCGCUACUCAGCAGGACAAGUGACGCACAUACCACCGCCGCCUCUGCUACAAGGGUACCUGUGCCACUGCAAGAUCUCCACGUCAGCAAGUACCCCCUUACACGUGCUGGGAAUCUACUGUCCAGAAAACACCCUAGUCCGAACCACCAUAUACGCGCACUGCCGGACAGUUCUAAGACAGGCCAAGAGUAACGGGGAACACGUAGCCCUGGCCGGAGACUUUAAUGCCGUUCUGAAUCCUGACGACCGCAGUACAGGCCUGCUCGACACAGCAGACCGACUACACCUCAAAUUCAUCACCGAUAACACGCUCACACCGGUCCCUGAAAACUGCUCCCCCCGCCACCCGUCCUUCAAGCAGUGGACCCAGGAAUGCUGUACACACCAAAGCCGAAUAGACGAUAUCCUGAUGUGCCCCACCCUACACGCGAGUGUAAAAGCGGAGACACCCGCAAACGGGAACACGCCACAAGCGUACUGCAACGUUUCUGUUGCCGGUGGAAACUUCGACCAUAAUCCCGUUCACGCCCGCCUGCCCGCCGACGCCAUCCGCCUGUGGGAUGCCAAGAAACCGGCAGCCCCAAACAACCCAGACGGAGACGGGGCCCGGACUAAAUGGAAAAACGUGAUAUUGCCGGUUCCGAAUUCCACUAUCCGCGCAGCGCAAUCGAAGAUGGACGCCUCGCUCACGUCGGACAUCCUCAGCCUCCAGGAAUACCUCCGCCCCGCCGUCCAGGAGAUUGAGGCUGGCCUCGCGAAACACAUCGAGGACCCCACGGAUAUGACAGCCACCCGCUUGACGACACUACUUCGCGGACACGACAGCAUCACGGCGGUCAAUGUGGAGAUUGCGGCAGCAAUGCUCCAAACAACCCUCGACAAGGGACUAGACAUCCUACUAGACCUGUGCCCUCAGAAACCGCCAUGUACGGGCAAAAUACACACCAAACGAACAGUCAGCAGAGGACUGAAAAAGUUACACAGAGAACACACCCGGCUCAAGCAUGACUAUGAAAUGGAACUACGGAUGCAGGCCGCCCCCGGAUGCCAACAGCCAGUUUGCGCGGACAGCUCAACAAGCCCUAACGGGCUGGCAUCGAAUGGCAACCACGCACCUCCUGAAGGCGCGGGGGCGGCAAGGGCCGGUCCGAACACCGCCGACAGGGACCACGCCGGUGAUCCGCCUGCGCCCGAACCGGCCAGAGCGCUACCGGGGGCACCGAAGCCACCAGAGCACCUCACCCCGCAAUGGUGGAGACCUCGAUGGAAAGUCGCCCGCGAUCAAAUACUGGAGGACAGGAUACCCUGGAAGCCUGGAAAAGGCCAGGCAAAGGACACAACGGGGCAGCAACAGAUAGUUUAUGACCUAAACAACGAUGUAGAGGACAUCGUAGAAGUACUCGCGGGCCCUAUCACAAAACGCAUCGUCCCCUCAAACGUUAAACCUCCCAAGAAACAGAAAAUCGGGGCUGAUACGACCGCAACCCACGAACAGUACUACACGGUUCGCUGGAAAGACACUAUCACCCCGAUAUCUAUCGCCGGCGCAUACGCCAGCAUGGGAUACGUGCCCAGACAGCUAUUACCAGUGACAGGUCUUUACGGCACGCGGAUCGACCGUCACUUCCGCAGAGCGGUAUGGGAACCGUCAGAUAUCCCCGCCGCGCAACUCGGUAGGUUACCCAACGGACCAGCGGCGAUGGCGAGCCGAACUGGCCCCCACACGCAGCUACACAACACACCGUAUGUCUUCCAGCUCGCGCGGCUGAGCCGCGGUGAAGCGUGCAAGCUUACCAGCGGGACUGGAACUGACGGCCCCACCCCUGACUACAAGGGGGGCCUGGACCUCGUCGUGGUGGCCAACGACACGGCGAUCCGAGGACUAAACGCCCGAUCCAUGAAGGCGCUCCUAUCCGAACUCGAAGCGAUGGACGCCACCGGCCUCCCCAGAAAACAUCUGCGACUGCGGGACAUGUCCGCGGGCGAUUCUCGAGCGCUUCUUUGCCGCGGUGGUCAUGUUGUGGCGUUAACGGAGGACCACAGGCCUGCUCGAGUUGACGAGCGAGAGCGUGUGUUGGGAUCUGGCGGCCAAAUUCUCUGGAAUGAGGGCGAGCGCGUGAUGGGCGUCCUUGCCACGACGCGCGCGUUCGGCGACCGUGAUCUAAAACAAUUUGGCGUCAUAGUUGAACCCGAGGUCACGAUCGUAUCUCGUACCCCGGACGAUGAGUUGCUUAUUUUGGCAACGGAUGGUGUUUUCAACGUGCUGAGCAAUGAGGAGGUGGCGGAUGUCGCCCGGCGCGUUGUGCGUCGAGCAAUCGAACGCGGAUCCCCUCGUGAUGCCGCGAUUCGAAUGGCGGCCUCAGCAAUUGGUCGUUUCAGCCGCGACCGCAAUAGUAAAGAUGACAUCACAGUGGUGCUGGUGGACUUGCAGCCGCCGCCGUCGGCGGCGGCGGCGGCGGCGGGUCCCGGCGGACCGGUGGUGGUGAAACGGCAGCAGACGGUCACCGGCGAUGGCGGCGGCGACGGCGACGGCGGCGGCGACGAGGAGCUCUUGAAAUCGAAAUCUGCAGCGGCAGCAGCCUCUGCCGCUGCGAUCGCUGCAUCGCAACAGCAACAACAGCAACAGAACCACUAUCACGGCCAGCACCACUUCUACCACCGACAACACCAUCCACACCACCAGCGCAUCGCCAUCAACAACAACAAUAAAUGCAAUGAGCCUUAUGUACCUACACAUCUGCCGCAUUUGCAUUUGCUAUUGAAGCAGCAGUACUGUGUCCCUGUGCAGUAUCCGCAUCUGCUGCUAAACCACCACCAACACCGCAACCACCAUGACCACCACAACCACAAUCUUCAGAGCUCCUCCCAGCAGCUGAGCAAUAACAACCACGACCGCAACAACAGCUACAGCUCGCCACACAGCCACGCGUUCAGGGCCCCCCCGCCGCUGCCGCCGCCGCCGGCACCGGCGCCAAGUCCGGGGGCGAGCCCCGGCGCCGCCCCGGGAGCUUGCGGGCAUCACAUGAACCUUGGGGCGACUUGGGUGGCCGGUACAGGUGGUCUUGACUCGGUCCUGAUUCUGAUCACAGGCUGA